CUCUUGCCGGAGCUGCCUUUUCCGUUCAUACAGCGGCGGAGCCUUCCCCUUUAUUGAGAUCCGGUUCCUAAGCCAAGCAUUCUCAACGAAAUGUACGAGUUUGAGGCAAGUGAGUACUAUAUGAUAAUGACUAUCAUUUUGUAGUUACAGUAUUGCCUGUUUUACUAUACCAAACGUGGAUGGGGCAGGAAAUCCUCACCCGUAUAUAGAGCUCUGCCUAGAGUUCUUGAACGGACCGGAAAGAACAAAGCGCGUAGCCCUUUUUUAUUUUAUAAAACAAUGCUUUUUCCAACCCUUUUAAUCUUAGCCAUUGGUUUUCUAUUUUACCACAUGUCACACAUCCAUGAUGGUAAAUGGAGCACUCAAUGGAAACGUUCCCCUCAGUCUUUCUCCCUCACCGGAAACCACCACCGGCCAUACCAACCCUCUGCCGUCGUACGCCGUCUUCACCACCACCACUAGCCAUAACGGUUCAUAUCUGCAACACAACCUCCUCUUCUUUUCUUCCUCACCACCGGCGAACCAAACCCAGAUACGGCGAACGGAGAAACCAUAACUCACCACCGUCAUAUUAUUUCUCCGUCAAGCACAGUGUCGUCGUUAGGACGGCUGUUUGACGACGGCGAGAGAAGGGGAAUGUUGCAGAGAGCGAAAGGACUGAAAAAAGGUUUAUGAAACUACCAAAAUACCCUGCCACGUAGGAAGCGAAAACCAAAUUCUCAUGCAUCAACGAAUCAUCACAAGUACAUAGGAACUACCAAAAAAGGAAGUAGUUGAGUCUCUCUCUCUCUCUGAAAGCAACCAUGGCAAUUCUAAGAUCAAUACUGAAAGCAACAAAAACAACCCUUCAACAUUCAUCAUCUCUUCUCCGUAACAUGAGCAAUCUCCCAGAAAACACAGUAUACACAGGUCCAACACCACAAAACAAAAGAGUAACACUUUCACAACUACAUCAAAAACAUAAAAACUCACAACCAAUCACAAUGGUCACUGCUUAUGAUUACCCUUCUGCUGUUCACCUCGAUAUGGCCGCCAUUGAUAUCUGUCUUGUUGGUGAUUCUGCUUCCAUGGUUGUUCAUGGUCAUGAUACUACUUUGCCUAUUACUUUAGAUGAAAUGCUUGUUCAUUGUCGUGCUGUUGCUCGUGGUGCUAAAACUCCUCUUCUUGUUGGUGAUUUGCCUUUUGGAACCUAUGAAUGUAGUUCUAAUCAGGCAGUGGACACGGCAGUUCGAAUUUUGAAAGAAGGACAAAUGGAUGCCAUAAAGUUGGAAGGAGGUUCACCUUCAAGAAUUGUUGCAGCAAAAGCUAUUGUUGAAGCUGGAAUAGCUGUGAUUGGGCAUGUUGGUCUUACUCCACAAGCCAUUAGUGUUUUAGGAGGAUUUAGGCCUCAGGGAAGGAAUGUUGCAAGUGCUGUCAAGGUUGUCGAGACAGCAUUGGCUUUGCAAGAAGCAGGGUGUUUUGCUGUUGUUCUUGAAUGUGUGCCUGCACCGGUGGCUGCAGCAGCAACAGCGGCGCUUCAAAUUCCUACAAUUGGAAUUGGGGCUGGUCCCUAUUGCAGUGGACAGGUGCUUGUUUACCAUGAUCUUCUUGGUAUGUUACAACACCCUCACCAUGCAAAGGUGACUCCAAAAUUUUGUAAACAGUACGCUCGUGUUGGAGACGUCAUCAAUAAAGCCUUACUGGAAUAUAAGGAAGAUGUGAUGAAUGGUUCAUUUCCUGAUGCUCAACAUAGUCCAUACAAAAUCAGUGAAACUGAUGCUAAUGGUUUCUUAAAUGAGCUGCAAAAGUUAGGUUUUGACAAGGCUGCAUCUGCGGCAUCUGAAGCAGUUCAGAAGAUGGUUUCAAAAUCAACAAAGUAACAAUUUAGUAAAGCUAAGAAUCCUCCUGAGUUUUUCAUUUGAUGUUUUUCAUUGUCUUCAAUGCCAGAAUAAACCGAAUGACAUAAGUCAAGAGAAUUUGGGCAGAACAGAUAGAUAGAUUUAAGUUUUUUUCUUAAGGCAGACUGCUUCAUUGGUCAAAUUCAUGAAAUUUUAUUGAUAUGUUACAGAAACAAAUUUUGUCAUCCCACAUCAUAUAUGGAACCUAUAGAAAAGUUAAUGCGAUAUCAGUUAUCACGAAAGAAAAUUCUUUAUAGCAUUGUAUCAGAGAAAAAUGUUGAAAACUGA